AUGGGAGACCAGCCUGGAAUUGGGCAGACGCCGCCUUUAAAUAUGGAGGACCAGCGGCACGGGGUCACGCAAAACUUGACUUCCGACCUAUAUCUGCAAUCGAACACGGAGAUAAAUCAAUCUAUGCAGCCAGGGUUGCCAAAAGUCCAAAGAGACAUGCAUAUGCAUGCACUGCUGGUGUUACCACUGCAGGUAUUACCACUGCAUCAAGAUGUGCAUAUUCCCAAGAAUGAAAUGCAAGGAAUGCCGCAGGUGCAUGAACAGGACGCAGAACGUCAAGAUGUAGAGGAGGGGCAUCAAGAGGGAGACACCUCCGAUUACUAUGCCCUCCUCGAAAACCUUCAAAAACAAUUUAAUGAAUCCUACAAUGUGUCGGUCGAACUAUUUGAAGCUGAGCAGGCCCAGCGACAAACCAUGAACUUUUAUCAACGUCGCAAUAAUGCGCUAUUGGAAUUGUUAUCUAAUAUAGAGUCUGAGCCCGAUACCAACAUCUUGGAAUUGACGAAAAACCGGAUUGAAAAUAUGGCUCAGAUGAAUCCAGCAUUGAGCCUGGUACUUGAGCCUCUCAUGAAAGAAGACGUUCCGCUCAAACAUGCUCACAAAAUCAAUAUGUUCAUACAUGAAGGAAUACUGGAAAUACCCAACGAAGGCCUCGAAAAUUACGAACGAAAUCCCCAGGAUCUCGAACCUUGGGCGUGCCGUCACAUGCCUCAUCUAACCAACUCGCGGUAUCGCAAACGGUUCAUUGCACACAACGCACAUAAAUAG